AUGUUCAGUCAAACGUUGCUAAUCUUAGCUUUUCACGGAAUAAAAUCGUUUACAAUGCUGAAGAAGGAUAUUGCUCGUGCCGAAGCAGAAGUAAAUAAAGCAUCAAACUUGGAGUUGUUGGAUCCCGAAUAUAAACGGUUAAUUGAAAUUAAAUGUGUGGAAUUUGAAGACUUGAUGGAAGGAGAGGGAUUCAGUGAAGAAGAAGCAAGUCAAAGAUGCAAAUAUUACUCAAGAUAAACUGCACUUGAAAAAGAAGUGGAGAAAUCUAUGAUGGAAAAGCUUUUGGAAAAAAUCAACAAAAAGCGUGAACAGAAGAAUGAAAUUAAAAAGAUGAAGCGGGCAAUGCGUAAAAAGAAAAAAAGAUGAAAGCGACGAUUCUUCUUCAUCUGGUUCAGAUUCCUCAG